AUGGGCAGAGGGAGAGAAGGACCCGCAGCGGCCGUUUCGGCGGCGAAGAAAGCCGAGGUAGUGGUGGUGAUGGUGCCCUUUCCGGCGCAGGGUCACCUGAACCAGAUGCUCCACCUAUCGAGACUCCUUGCAGAACACGGCGGCGUGACGGUGCACUUCGCCGGCUCCGCCACCCACAACCGCCAAGCCAGGGUGCGCCUCAACAGCUGGGAGCUCGAUACCUUCGUCAACAUCCGCUUCCACGACCUUCCCAUCCCCCCCUUCCCCUCUCCCAAACCAGACCCCAACACCUCCGUCAAGUUCCCCUCCCAUCUCCAGCCCUCCUUCGAGGCCUCCUUGCAACUGCAAGCUCCACUGGGCUCCCUCCUGCGCUCCCUCUCCGCCACCUCCCGCCGUAUCGCCGUCGUCCACGACUCCCUAAUGUCGUUCGCCGCCGAGGAGGCCUCCCUGAUUCCCAACGGCGAGGCCUACGUCUUCCACAGUGUCUCCGCCUUCGCGCUGCUCCACUACCUGUGGGCCGCCAGGGGGAAGGCCGGCGGGGGCCGCUCGCUGGCGGCGCUCCCCCUGCUACCGAUCGACGGCUGCUUCACCGCCGAAUUUGUCGACUUCAUCCGGCAGCAGUACCAGCGGACUCCGCCACCCGCGGGGCGGCUCUUCAACACCUGCCGCGAUCUGGAGGGCGAGUUCGUCGACCUGCUGACGCUGGAGCCGUCCCUGCGGGGCAAGAACUACUUCGCUCUGGGCCCGUUCAACCCGGUGGGACUCGCCCGUUCAACCCGUCGCCACCGGCCCCUGCUGAGGUGGCUGGAUGCGCAGCCGCCGGAAUCCGUUGUCUACGUCUCCUUCGGGACCACGUCAUCCAUGCCCGACCGGCAGAUCCGCGAGCUUGCUGCGGGUCUGGAGAGGAGUGGGCAGCGCUUCAUCUGGGUCCUCAGGGACGCCGACCGCGGAGAUAUCUUCGCCGCCGCCGGCGACGGAGGCGGCACCGAGGACCGCUGCCAGCUGCCGGCGGGGUUCGAGAAGAGGGUGGCGGAUGUGGGGGUGGUGGUUAGGGACUGGGCCCCUCAGCUGGACAUCCUCGGCCACCGCUCCACGGCGCUCUUCCUCAGCCACUGCGGAUGGAACUCUUGCAUGGAGAGCCUUAGUAUGGGGGUCCCGGUGGCGGCGUGGCCCAUGCAUUCGGACCAGCCGAGGAACGCCCUCCUGCUCACGGAGCUGCUCAAGGUCGGCGUCCCCGUGCAGGACUGGCGGCGGAGGGAGGAGACGGUGCCGUCCGCCGCCGUCGAGGCGGCUAUCCGGAGAGUGAUGGCCACCGGAGAAGGGAAGGAGAUAAGGAAGCGGGCGCAGGCCGUCGGCGCCACCAUCCGCUCCUCCGUCUCCGAGGGCGGCGCCUCCUGUGACGAACUCCAGUCCCUCAUCUCCUACAUCACCAGAUGA